CAGCCCCUGCUAUCCCUGCCCCGGCUCCCCCGCCCCACAGCUCAGCCACAGCCCCCUGCUGGUUGCACUCCCACUCCCUUUCCAGUCUCUCGUUUCCAUCCUUUGCACCCCCAUUCCCAUUCCCAAUGCCCCUCUGACAGAUCACUGCGACCCCCCUUCCAGCCGCCCUCCCGCCCCCCUCCGGCACCGGACACUCCGCUGCUGUCCCUUUAAGUCCCUCCACCCAGCGCCUGUCAGCUGCUCCCCCCUCCCCUCCCCUCCUCUCCCUCCCCUCUCCCCCCCUUUCUCUCUGUCACAGCCGGCCUCAGAGCCGCUGCCUGGAUCCAAGCAGCCGCUGCCUGCCCCCCAUCACCCCCACUACCAUGUGCAGCCCCCAGGCCUGUCCCCCAUCCGGCUACAGCAAGGCCGGAUCCCAGCCCCACUGAGCCCCCUCCAAUCCCAACCCCCACCCCGGUCUGUGUGAGUCCCCCCCUUCCGCACCCCACCAGAGAUGUUUCACGCCUUGGUGGCUGGGGGCAUCGUCUUCCCAGGGCUCUUCCUGCUGGCCAAGAACAGCCUCAAGCGGCUGCCCUGGCUGCAGUGGGAUGAGGCCGACGCUGUCAUCAUCUCAGCCAGGCUGGUCUCCUCUGUCCAGGCUGUCAUGGCCUCCACCGCCGGAUACAUCGUGUUCAGCUCCUGCCACCACGUUCUCGAUGACCAGCAUUGGCUGACGAGCGCCUACACGCAGUUCGCGGUGCCCUACUUCAUCUACGACAUCUACGCCAUGUUCCUGUGCCACUGGCACAAGUACCGGGUGAAGGGGCACGAGGGCGCAGGGCCCCGCUCGCUGCGCACCGUCACCCGCGCCUUCCUGCACAAGGAGCUGCUCAUGGUGCUGCACCACCUCUGCAUGGUGCUGGUCUGCUUCCCCGUCUCCGUGCUGUGGCGCCAGGGGAAGGGCGAUUUCUUCCUGGGCUGCAUGUUGAUGGCCGAGCUGAGCACCCCCUUCGUCUGCCUGGGCAAGGUGCUCAUCCUGUACAAGCGGCAGCACACGCUGCUGCACAAGGUGAACGGGCUCCUCAUGCUGGUGACCUUCUUCUGCUGCCGCAUCCUGCUCUUCCCCUACAUGUACUGGGCCUAUGGGCGCCAGGCCGGGCUGCCCCUGCACCGCGUGCCCCUGGCGCUGCCGCCCGCCUGCAACCUGGGCGCCGCCCUGCUCCUGGCCCCCCAGCUCUACUGGUUCGGCCUCAUCUGCCGCGGGGCCGCCCGCCUCUUCCGCCGCGCCCGGCCCAAGGACGCCGCCACCGCCACCGCCGCCCUGCGCAACGGGCACGGCCCCGGGGGGCGGGCACUGGACUGAGCCCCCGCCCUGCGCAAUGGGCACGGCCCCGGGGGCAGGCGCUGAACUGAGCCCCCGCCCUGCACAGCGGGCACGGCCCCGGGGGCGGGCGCUGGACUG